AUGAAAUUCACUAUCUCGAUCUCUGCUGCUGCUCUCCUCGUCCUCGCCUCGGUGGUCGCUGCCUCUUCCUCGGUGGCUCAGACCAAGCAAGAGGUCGCCAAUAUCGACAACAAGGUCGGGUUGCUCAACGAGCAUCUCAAGGUCAACUCGCUCAACUACUUGAGCGGCCUUGCCGUCCGUCAAAGCUCGCAAGAUGUCAUCGGCGCGAUCAAGGCUGGCAGUAAAUCUGCCUCGGAGUUCACGGGUACCGCCACCGAUGCUGAAGCCAAGGAGAUCCUCCAGACCCUUUCCGGUACCGAAGUCAAGGUAAAGACCGCCAUCAAGCGCAUGAUCGCUCUCAAGGAGGAGUUCAAGAAGCUUGGUGUCCUUAGUCUUGCUCAGAGCAGUGUCAAGGAGUUCCAGACUGAGACGCACACCUUCAGUGCUCAGCUCAUCAAGCUCGCCCCUGCUUAUGAGAAGCAAGCUGCUAAUGCUCUCGCCGCCAAAUUCAAUGCUGAUCUGGAUGAGUGUGCUACUGCCUACAACAGCGAGGCUUCUGGCUCUGCUAGCGGUAGCUUCGGUGGUGCUGGUCAAACUGGUGCUGGUAAAACUGGCGCCGGUCAAACUAGUGCUGGUCAAACUAGUGCUGGUCAAACUGGCGCUAGUAGCGAAGGCUCGGCUUUGGGUCAGGCUGGUGCCAAGUCGGGCAGCCUCAGGGCUGUCAAGUUUGGCAGCAACUAG